GUCGCGGCAAAACAAUCGUCCUGCGGAACAACACGGUUCAACAUGGCUCAAUUUAAGAAAACAGAAAGUAAAAUAUAUUCCAAAACAGCUGCAGUUUUCUCACCUGACACAAUUUAUUGGAAAAGGUUAGGGGUACCGACAUUGGUGAAGGAAUUCGGAGCAGUAGACUACAUUGACUUCAGCCCGGUUGAACCGCACCUGUUCGCCGUUACUGCCUCGGUUCGGGUACAGAUCUACAAUCCCAUCACGAAGCUGGUGGUGAAAAAUAUAGGAAAGUUCCAAGAAGGCGCUCACGGUGGGUCGUUUCGUAAGGAUGGCAACCUGCUGGUUGCGGGUGACGACCUGGGAAAGGUAAGGCUUUUCGACGUGUCCACAAAGUCGAUUCUCCGAUUCUUCGAAGGGCAUACGUCUCCCGUGUAUAGAACAUUCUUCACGGCGGACGGGCACCAUGUGGCAAGUUUUUCAGACGAUCGUACCGUGCGCUUCUGGGACAUAGCUACCGAGAAGCAUCUGCACACUUUCACCGGGCAUGAAGACUAUGUGCGAGCCGGUUGCACAAGCCCCAUCAGCCCAAACAUAAUCAUGUCCGGAGGUUACGAUCGUAAAAUUCGAAUGUACGAUACGCGAGUUGCAGAGUGCGUCUUGUCGGUCGAUCAUGGGAGUCCGGUCGAGUCGUUGGUGUUUCUUCCGAGUGGUGGCAUUUUCAUCAGUGCCGGUGGUACGUCGGUAAACGUUUACGAUGCCCUCGGUGGUGGCAAAAAGUUGGCGCAGCUGUCGCAACAUCAUAAAACGGUCACCUGUUUGCAGCUGGCUAGCGACGGGAAGCGCCUCCUCUCCGGUAGCUUGGAUCGGCACGUGAAGGUGUACGACAUUGCCACCUACCAGGUGGUGCACACCAUUGACAGCUCGAACGCAAUUCUGAGCCUCGGCAUUUCGAAAAACGAUGACACACUGGUCACGGGAUUGGUGGACGGGCUGAUCGCAAUCUAUCGCCGUGAAAUUGAUCCACAGGAAAAGGACGAUCCGUCGAGCAAGCAGAUGCGCAAAAGCCGCUACCGUCACAUUUUCGAGUCAACCGACGAACAGGUGAAACAAUUCACCUACCAGAGUGAUGAAGGCCACGAUCGGAUGUUGCGCAAGUACGAGUAUAAAAAGGCACUCGAUGCGGUCAUGCAUACCAGCGUAAGAGGAAAGUGGCCAGAGAAAACGGUCGCCCUCAUCAAAGAGCUUAUUCGUCGACAUGGGCUGGAACGCGCGGUGGUCGACCGUGAUCACGAUUUUCUUGUAAAAUUCUUACACUUCCUCACCCGGCACAUUGGGGACUAUAGGUUCACGCCGACCCUGGUGGAUGCGGCCAACAUUCUGCUGGACGUGUACGAAGAAAAGUUUAAAGAGUUUGCUGAUACGGAAGUGGGCAGGCGGUUCGUUUUGCUUGUCGACCGAUUGCAGCAGGAGGAGACCGUAAUCGAAGAGUUCCUGAAUGUGCAGGGGAUGUUGGAUAUGAUUUCAAUUGCGGCCGAUACUACCGAACCGGAAGACCCGACCGAUACGAGCGUAGCGUAUAACGCUUCAAUGAAAGCUAAAAAUCAAACUACUAUAUCGGUCGAUUGAUUGACAAAGGAAAGUCGAUUUUAGUUGUAAUAAUAAGGUUAAAUAAAAUCUCCACGUUCCAUUGGUCAAUCGACUAAUGAGUAAGGGAGUAAUAGAGAAAUAUCUGUUCUAGAAAGAAUAUGCAUCAACACAAGACAAUCAAGGCGAAA